AUGUCGUCUUCGGCUUCACCGGUGCCUUCGCCUCUGACCGCGAACAACGCUUCUCCUUCGUGGACAAGGGUGCUGCUGUCGUCUCUGUCCGCCCUCCAAGGCAUACUGUUCAACCUGUCCACCUUUCUCGUCUACAUCACCGGCUAUCUCAUACGCGCUCUGGCUUGGACGUUGUCUGGCCUUUAUGCCGCAGCUGCUUGGCCACUAUCGCGGCUUCUGAACUUUGCACGCUUCGCCCUGUCUCCCAUCACCUGCACGAUUGCCUACGCCUUUGCUCCAAUCACAUACAUCUUCCGCUUUGUCCGCCAGUUUCAGCCUCUAUACACAUUUCUGGGCUCUGCUGCUGUCGUCGGGGCUGUCGUCGGUCUCGUGGUCGCACUCGUCUCGAACUACUUUGUUUCUGCGCUCCAGUUGGGUCCCGAGUCAGAGCAAGAAUCUUCUACAGAGUCGGAAGAAGAAUGGACGCCGCAUUCAAUCAAGCCGGCAGCUUCAUCACAAGCAUCGGCCAAAUCACCCGCCGGAGGACGUGUGCCACCCCGAGAUGAUGUCUGGCUCUGGCUCGAAGAUUUCAAGCCACACCAACCAGAUGCAGGAACGCCGGAAAACGUAUCCGCAGUGCGGCUGAGCACAAAACAGAAGCGCUAUCCCAGUGGGUUAUUAUCUCGGCCCGUCGUGGAAAAGUCCUCUGCGGAUUGA